AUGGCCUCGGCACACGAUGCAAAUACUGCAUCCCAGCACGAAGAUGAUGCCGCCUCGGCGUGUUCCGCCACCUGCAGUCAAAAGACCUGUAGCAACUGCUGCGACGAGGAUCAUUGCGAAGAAGACCAUUGUAAGGAAGACCAUUGUAAGGAAGAUCAUUGUGAGGAAGACCAUUGCGAGGAAGACCAUUGCGAAGAGGAUCAUUGUUCACAGUCUUGCGAGGGCUUUGUGAAAUGCAGCGAAGGCCCAGAGUGCGAUUCGCCAUCUAGCCUUGUCCAGGCUUGCAUUUCAGACUCGUGCACUGUCCCGCCUUGUGUCAGUACCGCAUGUGCCGAAGAGACCUGUGCGAGUUUUGCACCACCAUGCUUUGACACACACUGUGCUUAUCCGUGGGCAAACAGUGCUGAACAAAGUCCGUCCAUGGUCCCUUCGCCACUCAGUACCUAUGUCAGCAGUUCUCAGACUGGUUUGUGGACUCCAGUGGAUGGAUGGUUGCGAGACAGCGUGUCGCCAUUACAGCAGCGGGUACAUGUACGAGGCCAUGGAGAGAUGCCUACACCCAGCCCGUUCUCACUCGAAGACGAUCCGAGUGGUUUAGCCCUCUCCUACGAUCCUUACGCAUAUCCCGACGCAAAAAAGGCCAAAACUAGCCACAAUCCUUCGGAGGAAGUCGCAACAUACCUCCUCCCACAUUCUCUCCCAGAGACACAGACAGAGCAACAUCCGACCUCGCUUCAGCCCACGUCAAACCCGUCGUUUCUAUGCCUCUGGGGCAAUUCUUGCGGCGAAGAAUUUUUUGAUUUCAACGCGCUAGAAGAUCAUGUACAGCAUAAUCAUGUCCGACCACAGACGGUGUUCAACUGUGAAUGGGACAGCUGUGGACAAGUCACCGCCUCUUCUGAUUUACUCUCUCACGUCCGACACAGUCACGCUUUUGCUGAUGAGCAUAUUUGUCUCUGGGCAGGGUGCGAAGCAAAAUUUUAUCGAGUCGAAGAUUUGGAAGAGCAUGUAAAGAUAGCGCACGUUCCUCAGAAUGCCCUUUAUUGUCAAUGGGAUCACUGUGGCAUACUGGCCGAUGGGCCGGCCAAUCUGAGCAACCACUUGCAAACAAAUCACCUCAUUGGACUCGGCGUGGACCAUAACACCCAGCAAACGCACUUUUGUACCCAUUCGCACUCUCAUAAUCAAAAUCAUCUAUAUCAGCAUCAGCAUUUCCACCACCUUCAUGGGCAUCCGCGUCCUGAUGACCAGACCUAUGUUCUCAAAGAAGAUUCGUUCCCACGACACAAGCCAAUCUCAUCCCGCUCACAGAGUACACCGUUGGAAUCCCAGAAUCCCGUUGUGCCUUCCGAAGAUGAACCCGAGGAGGGCGACGAUAAGUCUCAAGUUAGAAUCUGCAGUUGGUCCGAAAAAGAUGGCAGUACAUGCAAUCAAACCUUUGAUAGUGUACGCGAUUUGCACGAGCACGUAAAAGAGCACCAUGUCGGAUCUGAGGAUAGCAGAGAAGAUGGCUAUGUUUGCAGGUGGGCCGGCUGCAGUAGGAUGGCUAUGAAGCCGUUCAAGCAAAAAGGGAAGCUGGAACGCCAUAUUCAAGUACACACGCGACUAAAAAACUGUCAAUGCCAGUUUUGCGGCAAAGAGUUCUCAGCGCAGCAAGCACUGGCACAACAUGAGCGCACUCACACCGGAGAGAAGCCUUUUCUAUGUGAAUACUGUGGAAAGGGCUUUGCUCAAAGUAGCGCUUUGACGAUGCAUAAGAGAACGCACACAAAUGAAAAGCCAUUGAAAUGUGAUUUUCCUGGUUGUAACAAGACCUUUAGCGAAUCAUCCAAUCUAUCCAAACAUAAGAAAACACAUAGCAAACUUCCUCGCGAGCACAGGUGCACUUUUCCUGGUUGUGAUAAAUCUUUCCAUCGAUUCGACCAAUUGAAACGACAUCGAAAAGUUCAUGAGAAGAAACGCCAAUUGACAGACGUGUCUGGAAGUGAUACCAGUGCGGCUUUCCAAAUCCCGCCCUAUCCAUCAUCACAUUCGAGUUCUCGAUCAGCCUCUGGAUCCUUUGAGCCUUUAGAUCUACAAGAGCUACGAUAG